UACCUGCACAUCCCUGGGCACUAUGGGACAAUUUAGCACGGCCAAUCCACCCUAACCUGCACGUCCCUGGGCACUAUGGGGACAAUUUAGCAUGGCCAAUUCACCCUAACCCGCACAUCCCUGGGCACUAUGGGACAAUUUUGCAUGGCCAAUCCACCCUAACCUGCUGUGGGUGAAAACCCACGCAGACGCGGGUUGUUUUUGCAAACCCCACACAGACAGUCACAUGUGGCUGGAUUCGACCUGGGCUCUUUUGGCGCUGUGAGACAGCAGUGUUAACUCUGUACCGCUGUAUUGGCUUUUAUUGUGGAACAACUGAGGUGUCGUUAAACAGAGAGACGGAGUAGGAGAGGCAAUAAAGAUAUGCAGAAAGGUAGAUUGAGAACAAGUGAUACAGUCAAACACGGUGGUGUGUUCUGGUGGGAGUAGACUGAGAGAGAGAAAGAGAGCCAGGGAGAUCGAACAACUGUGGUCAUGUCAAACAGACAGCUGGAGCAAGAGAGAGAGAGAGAGAGACCCACACAGAAAGUGAGCCAGGGAGAUCGAGAAUGGCCAGUGACAGUCACACAGCGAGAUGAACCAAGAGAGAGAGAGUAAGAGUGCCAUGGAAAUCGAGGAUAGACAGUGAUAUUCAAACAGAGAGAUGGAGAAAGAGACAGGAGACAGAGAGAGGCAGAUCAGUAGAUUGGGAACAAGGGAUACAGUGAAACAGAGUUGGUUGGCGGUUGGAGAGAGAGAGAGAGAGAGAGAGACAGGGAUAUUGAAGCGGUGAGAGGGAGAAGGUGAAAUAGAGAUAGUGAGUUAGGUUGGCGAUCGGAGGAGAAAGAGAUGGAGACGGAAGCAGAAAGAAAUUCUAGAGAAAGGAAGUGUGAGUCCACGAAGAGAGUGAAUGAGAUAGGGACAGAAGGGUCAAAAAAGCAAUAAAGGAAUAGAAGGAUAGCAAGUGAAAGAGAAGGGGAGAGAGCAAGAAAGCUGUAGUGAUAAAGAGAGACAGAGAGAGAGGGCGACAGUAAUAUGGAAAUAGCAAGAUGUGGUGAGAGAGGGGGACACUGAUAUGGAUAGACAGAGAGAAGGGAACAGUAAUAUAGAAAAAGGGAGAGGGAGAUGCACAGUGGUAUGGAGAGAGAGCGAGACUGAUGUAGAGAGAUAGAGAGAAGACAGAUAGCAGAGUGAGGGAUAGAUAGAGACAGUAAAAGCUCAGACAGAGAGAGAUGCACAAGCAUAGAGAUGGAGAAGACAAUGAGAUGGAGAGAGGGGAACACUGAUUGGGAGAUUGAGAGAGAACAGAGUUAAAGGGGGAGAUGCCAGAGAAAGAGAGAGAGUGAGACAAUGAUACAGAGAGAGAGGUUGAAGGGAGAGUGAGAAACUGAGGCGGGACUGACAGGACUGACACAGAGAUCCAUUCAGAUCACAGUAGAGCAGCUCACAAUGAGAUCCAGAGAGAAUCUUCGCCUUCUGUAUUUUAUUCACCUGAGUCUGCAAGGUAAGGAUGACAGCUGGAAAGGAGAGAGAGAGAGAGAGAGAGAGAGAGAGAGAGAGAGGCAGACCCUGUAAGAGACAGAGGGAGAGAGAGGUACAAGGAGUGAGUAGAAGAGACACAGACAGAGCAAUACUAACAGAUCAUGAGAGAAAGAUAACACUGAGAUAGCGUGUGUGGGAGGGAGAGGGAUGGAGAGAAGGAGAAGGAAUGAGAGAGACAGAAAUGGAAAAGCAGAAAGAGCGAAUUUCCCAUUUCCCCGUCAGUGUCUAGUCUGACUAUCUCUUUAGACCCUUCUCUGUCAGUUACUCAUCUCCCUUUCUUGUCUCAGUCAUGCUCCCUCUGUUUUUCUCUCUCUCUAUCUCUAUCUCUUUUCCUACCUGUCUCUCUCUCUCUCUUUCUCUGUGUGUUUCUCUCCGGUUCGCUCUCUUCCAACAUCCCGGGAACAAGGACCUCCAUUCAUUCAGUAUCUCUGGGAACUGGGUCAGCAGAAGAUGUGACCAUUAGCGUGUGUGUAAUUUUUAACAAUCUGUAUGCGGCACUGUCAGCUGGGGCAUCAUUCUGACUGUUGUCAGUCACUAACCAUUACAUGUUAAUGACCAUUUCUGUGAGUCCGGAGUGAACCAGACGGCGGUUGACACAAAACAAAAAAAAAGAAGGAACUGAGGAUGCUGUAAAUCAAGAACAUAAACAGAAGUUCCUGGAAAAUCACCGGCAACAUUUGUGAAGAAAAAAAUAUUCGGAGUUAAAGUUUCCGGUCCGCUGUGAGUUGGACUCACGCAGACAGUGAUCCGGGUCUUGUUGUAACGCAGGGAGACAGAGCUGUGUUACCAUGUGAAUUCCAAAAAUUUAAUGAUUCGUCUCGUCUCUAUAUUGUGUGGACAUUCAACCCCAGGAGGAUGGAUACAGAUCCCUUUCAGGUCAUUCUGUUCCAGGACGGCCGGGUUCGCAGGACAGCAUGGAAUCUCGGGCGGCGUGUCUCCUUCCUGAACAAUCCCUUGCAAAGUGGGACAAUCUCCAUUGAGGGAACUCAUUCCGCCGAUGCUGGCCUCUAUCAGUGUCUGGUGGUCAAUCCCAUUCUGAAUCAUCUGAGUCUCAUUCGUCUGAUCAACGUGACAGUACUGGAGCCUCCAUCCACACCAACAUGCAGCGCAGAGGGAGAAUUGGAGCUGGGCAGCGAGAUCACUCUCACCUGCAGGUCCUUCACCGGCGACCCUCAGCCCCGCUACAGCUGGUGGAAACAGGAUCCCAAAGGCAACAUCCCACUCCAUCUGCUCCAAACAGAAGAUGGCAUUGUUGUGCUUCACAAUGUCACAGAGGAGACAUCUGGUCGAUAUGUUUGUGUCUCAUCAAACUCCCUGGGAUCUGAGAGCUGUUUCAUCCUCCUUCAGUUAUUGAUCUUUCAACAGGAGGAGAACACAUUGGCUGUCGGCGUGACCGUUGCUACGACGAUGGCCGUGAUCCUGCUCACCCUCCUCAGCCUGCUCCUGUGCCUUCACCGGGAGAACCGGAUUCGCCAGUCCCGCUCACUGCCUGAAAACCAGGUGACUUGCGUACCGGUCGUUGAUGAUGCCCCUCCCAGCCAAACAGCCCUCACAGAGCAGACCCUUUGAGUAGCUGAAGCUGACUGUCAAAUGUUCAAUCCUACAUGCUGUCAAUAUCACACGCGGUCUCUGCACAUGUCCAUCUCAGACUGUCCCCCACUCUGAUCCUACACUCAUUCAGAGACCUUCCUUCCACCUUUAAUCUAUCUUUCACCCCCAUCUCAUUCCGGCUGUGCCUCCUCCAGCCUCUGGCACACUUUCUGAAACCUCUAAU